UUGUGUCUCGUGUUGUUGUGUGAUGCAGCUAGUUGGCCAGCUUCAUUUGUUUCGUAGAGCGUUAGCUAGCUGGCUAGUAUAACGUUAUCACUGUAUUUAUAUGAAACUGCUUUAAACCAAAGCGAGAGAAGAAUGAGAAGAGUUACCUUAUUUGUUAACGGGACAUCUAAAAAUGGCAAGGUUGUAGCAGUUUAUGGGACCUUGUCUGAUUUACUGUCCGUAGCAAGCAAUAAGCUGGGAAUCAAAGCCUGCUGUUUGUACAAUGGAAAGGGUGGUCUCAUAGAUGACAUUGCCCUAAUCCGUGAUGACGAUGUCCUGUAUGUGUCAGAAGGAGACCCAUUCAUUGACCCACAAAAUGAAGCCAAGGAUACAUCCGAUGGAGCACACACCGACUGGCUCACCCUUAAUAUCGGUGGCCGUCUCUUCACGACCACCAGGAGCACUUUGGUCAGCAAGGAGCCGGAGAGUAUGCUCGCUCACAUGUUUCGCGAAAAAGAUGUGUGGGGAAACAAGCGGGAUGAUCACGGCGCUUACCUAAUCGACCGCAGCCCCGAAUACUUUGAGCCUAUUCUCAAUUAUCUGAGACAUGGCCAGCUCAUUAUCAAUGAGGGUAUAAACAUAAAAGGAGUCCUCGAGGAGGCCCGCUUCUUUGGAGUUGAGCAGUUGGCUGAACAGCUGGAAGUAGCAAUCAAGGUGAACUCGCAGCCCCCGGAGGACCACUCGCCCAUUUCCCGCAAAGAGUUUGUGCGUUUUCUUUUAGCAACACCCACAAAGUCCGAGCUCCGCUGUCAGGGGCUUAAUUUCAGUGGUGCUGACCUCUCCCGGCUGGAUCUGCGCUAUAUUAAUUUCAAGAUGGCUAAUCUCAGCCGCUGCAAUCUGUCCCAUGCUAAUCUGUGCUGUUCCAAUCUGGAGCGGGCUGACCUCUCUGGAGCCAAUCUGGAUGGUGCUAACUUACAAGGAGUGAAGAUGCUCUGCUCCAAUGCCGAGGGGGCUUCUCUCAAAGGAUGCAACUUCGAAGAUCCAUCCGGCCUGAAGGCCAACCUGGAAGGUGCAAACCUGAAAGGAGUCGACAUGGAAGGGAGCCAGAUGACCGGCAUCAACCUGCGUGUGGCCACUCUGAAAAAUGCAAAGCUGAAGAACUGCAACCUGCGGGGGGCCACUUUAGCAGGGACUGAUCUGGAGAACUGCGACCUGUCGGGCUGUGAUCUACAAGAGGCCAACCUGAGAGGGUCAAAUGUGAAAGGAGCCAUUUUCGAAGAGAUGCUGACCCCUCUGCACAUGUCGCAGAGUGUCAGAUAACUCAGCCGCGCACACUUUCAACUCCGGCUCCUUUCCCCCGGCCCGCCUGUGGAGUCUCUCUCUCCUUUUUGUCCUGUGUGCAGUGCAGGUGACUGCGCGCAGAGCCCUUGAAUUCCACCAAAAUAUUUAACUAUCUUGCACUAGAGUCGAUUAAGGGGUUGCCAGUGUUUGUGUUUUCAAUGUUCAGCUGCAUAAUUCACCAAAGUAAUGCUCAUUGUGUUUGUUGGUGUGUCUGGACACAGUCCAGUGUGUAAACUCAUGUUACGUUUCGCAUCAUUUCUAUUUACUUGACACGCUAAAAGGUCUGGAAAUCUGAUUACCUGCGAGCGGUAAAGCUGAGCAUCACCGAAUGCUGCGGCAGCAGAAAGGGAAGAGGUGUCUUUAUCAUUUCUAGUGUCUGUAGACGAUAUAAGCCUCCUUAAGUAUGUUUAGUAAGCGAUGCAAGCCAAAGCCAUACAGUACCACAGCACAGUCUGAGAGGCUACAAGUGCUGCUAGUGCACUGUAAAUCUAUGCUACAGGCCAGCUCUAAACACAGCUCGAGUAUGCAAUACAUCAUGUGGAGCUGCGAGGUUCCUCCUUUCCUACUUAAAAAUAUUACUUUCCCUUGUUUUGUGUUCUGUGAAUCUACCUCUUUUAUCAAUCCAGUGUGUAAGCGAUCCACAGUUGCAUGCUUUUGAAUGUGCCACAGCUUGUCCAAACCUUUCCAUUUUACCAUUCAAUAUUCCUCAUAUUCCAUAUAAACAAAGAUAAGCUUGGUCCGCUAUAGCAGGAAAGGAGCAGAUAAAGCUUACUCCUUCGAGUAUGUCCCUCAAUCGCGCUUUUAAGAUAUUUUGCACAUGUGUAUGUUAAACGUGUUACACGGUAUACCCACCAAAAAAAAAACUUUGGUGCUUUUCUUAUCUACUCCUAAACGAAAGGCUUCCCGCACUUCCCAAACUUCGCUCAGCCCUUCCAAAAAAAACUAAAACAAAAAGAGUAUUUGGGUGUUUUCUGUUGUUUUGUAAAGUCUCUCACCUCAGUUUUUUUAUGCGUGGGUCUGCAUGCGUGAGGAGAUGUGUUGGUGUUUGACUGGUGACGUUUCUCCGGCGGCAGCUGAGAGCUGCUCCGAUGCAAUACUACUCACUCAGUCCCACAGUAGGUACCCGGCCUGCCAGAAUGAAUGAUGAAGGCAAUCAAAUUGUGUAUUUCAACUUGAGUGUGAAAAUCAAUGAAAGAGCUAUGGUUAUUUAUUUUGAUACAUCUCACUGAAUGCAAUAUGGGGCAGAUGCUGAUUUGUGUUUAAAAACGGGGAGCGGCGCGCUUCUCCCUGAUUAUUGCACUCGGCCCUGGAAAUAUGGUUCCGUUAAAGACUGUUAAAAAUAAACUGCAAUGAAUAAAGAAAAGUUUUUGUCUUUUAUUUUCAUAUUUUCCUUUUAUUUAAUAUGCAAACGCACCUAC